AAACACGAAAUAAUUCUUAGAUCAAUGAUUUUUGAUAAUAUCCAAACUAGGUGGUACAUCUAAGGGAACCAUGCUAUAGAUACCGCUGGAAAAGAAAUAUUGGAUUACUCAUUCAGUCAUUGCCAUUCUUCAGGGCUACAUUUUACACCUAGGAAGCGAAAUCCAAUCGCUCCAAAACUGAGGGAAACGGGACAUCUUAACAGACAGAUCACUAAUCAAGGACAACUUGAAAAUCCACCAAGAGAAUAUUGAGGAUCUGCUUUCAAAAGAUUCUGAAAUGACGUUUUCUAUUUCAUCGCAGAAGUAAAUUUUCCUUCGCAUUUAUUUACUAUGGGAAGGAUUCUGAAAGGCGGACAUUGGAAAGUAAACAAGGUGCAACUCACAACAUGGCUCCCGACUACUUAUUACUACAUCUUUUUUGGCUCCUUAGGGUCUCUUUUUCCUUUCCUGAACUUGUACUAUCGAGCUGUUGGAAUGGACCCUUGGCAGAUAGGAAUCCUGGGAGGAAUUCGUCCCCUCAUUGCCUUACUUUGUGCUCCAAUGUGGAGCUUUGUGUCUAAUAGGUAUAAAAUGAGAAAACUUGUACUAGUCACUUCGCUUGUGAGUUGGAUUGUGUUCACCAUCCCGCUGAUGUUUGUUUCUCAUUCGUCAGCCAACAAGCCUUGCUUUAAUCAAGGAAAUUACACCGCUCAACUCAGCUCGAAACAUGAAGAUUUCCUGCCCGGUCAGGAAAAAAGGGAAUUCGAUCUACCAGUCAGUAUUUCGCUCGCGAAAGAACAACAUACAGCUUAUGAGAAGAAAAAUACUCGCUACUCUCAAAAAUACGGUGCAACUGGAAAGGCUCCCAAAGGAAAUAUCAAAAAUGAUGUAGAGGGAAAAGAAACAUCGCAUCAUUCACGAUUUUAUUCUUUGAAAAGGCAAUUUUUUAAUAGUUUGGAAAUGUCGGGACUAAAAUUUGAGGCUAGCACUGAUAGUAAAGGCGGAAACGGUCAGCGAAAACCGUAUGACUUUAAAUCUCGAGGAGUACCAUAUUACAACAGGAGAAAGAACCCGUACUCCAGUAUAAUAUUCAACGAGAUGCUUUUUAUCGUGUUUGUAGGAGAAAUACUUCAAUCGCCUACGGAUGAUCUUAACACUCAUUUUGAUGGGACAUUCUUGGAGCAUUUAGGUGUGCUCUACCAAAACGUAGCCAACAACAAUAUCUAUAGUUCGGUUGGUAUUGGACUUGUAGCUUUGAUCACAGGUUUAUUGCUUCAUUUUGCCCCUAAAAUAACAAUUUGUGACGUUGAAUAUGCAAAUUACCAGAUAGCCUUCAUCAUCUUUUCUCUACUUAUGGCGGUUGCCAUAGCAAUUUCGCUCAAAUUUGAUUUCUCCUACAGAAGGUGCCGUCGCGGCUUUGAAAUCCAAGAGUCACUGCGGCUGCUGGUGUCAUCAGAACACAUCACCUUUGUUUUCAUCGUUUUGAUCAUGGGAAUGCUCCGAGGGGUUCUCUUUAACUUUGUUUACUGGAAUAUAGUGGAUAUUGGAGGCUCGGAUCUCGUUGUGGGCUUCACGGUUGUCAGUCAGUAUUUUUCGGAUGCGAUCAUGACUCUGUCCGCGCCGAUUGUUAUGACCUACAUGGGAUAUAUCGGUAUGGUGUAUCUUGGUCUUUCAUCCUAUGCUCUACGAUUCUUGAUUUACUCUUGGCUUAGCACCCCUCGCUCCUCGUGGGUUACCCCACCGGUUGAGCUUCUGCAGGGAAUCUCCAAUUCUACGGCCUGGUCAGCAUUCCUCUUGUACAUCACGAACUACACUCCAACAUCGACCUUUCCAACAGGUUUAUUUCUUCUUCAGGGGUUGUAUUUAGGGGUGGGGGGAAGCAUUGGAGGAAUAUUCGGGGGGAUAUUAAUCCAGGGUUUUGAUACUAAUGUGGCCUUCCGAAUCCUGGGACUCGUUAGUAUACUGACGUGUUUGUUAUUUAUGAUGAUCCAGCCCUCUGGGGAACAAGAGAGUCUUCCUUCAGAAGCUGACACCAUCUUCUUUCUCGCCGAUGAAGAUGAUUAUUCCAGCAACAGUGAGGAUGAGGUAUUCGAUUACAGUCAAAGAGGAGUCGUUUACAUUCCUUCCAAAGAGCAAACUAAAGGAUCGCUACAAGUAAAGAAAAUGGUUUUGCCUUCCUACAGUUCUCCUUUGGUGCCAAUUUGUAUGUCACUAGUUAGGAAAGAAGACAAACAGUUACAAACUACGUAAGGUUAACUAUGUAAUAUCUCACGGCACCAGUGCAUUAAGAAGCUGAAUAUGAUUGCUGCUGCUGCCAUCGAUUAUAAUUUUUUUGCUCAAGUUGACGAUUAGCAAGAAGCAAAAUACACGCUUUAAGACUGAACCGUUGAAUAAUUCAUAUAGC